AUGCACUCAUCCUCUUCACUAACUUCUUCCCCCUCCUCCUCCUCUCCCUACCACCACUACGACCACAACGAUCAGGUUAUCAGCCCAUUCGCCUUUUUCCACCUCUUUGCAAUGCCAUCGUCCCUCCUCCCAUCCCCUCCCGCGUCCCCGACCCCGCAGUAUCCACCACCCGGACAGCAGCAGCAGCCGUCGCGCCGCAAAAGAGCAGCAUUCAGUUCCGGUAGGGUUAUCCCGUCGCUUCGCAGGCACGAAACAAUGCUGUUUGGAGACCCGUUGAAGACUGUCCCAUGCCAGAGCCAGGAUAAUUGUAGUUUUGACAGCUUGAGUGGUAGUAGCACCAGUAGUGGGAGUGCAGAUACCAGUCAAGACAGCAUCAGAACUGAGGCAUGUUGA